AUGGUGGCUCCACACACCAAACUCUCUCCCAUUUGGAGCACACUGGAGCUGUUGAAUCUGCUGAGUAUAUGGGGAGAGGAGGCUGUGCAGUCCCAGCUCCGCUCGAGCCGUAGGAGUUUCGAUACCUAUGAUCAGAUUUCCCAUGGCAUGUUGGAUGAGGGCUACAAACGGGACAUGCAGCAGCACUGUGUGAAGAUCAAGGAGUUGAGGCAGGUGUACCAGAAGGCAAGGGAGUCAAACCAUCGCUCUGUCCUCCUUAGGUUGAUCAUCUUUCUUCAGCUUGCUGACUUAGUGCUGAUGUCUACCUACAAUUUCAGUAACUGUAACCAUGAAGCCAUAAAGGAUGCAUUUUUUAACGUUAUCUUGGUACAUCUGGAAAAGCUAAAAGAUCAGGAUUCUCACGGAUGCGGGGAAAAAGAAGGCGAACUGCUGGAAUGCAUACAAAACACUAUCAGAUGCUGCCUAGCCGGUUCACAGAAGGAGGAUGUCUGGACCUUAACUCGUACCAUUCUGAAUGCAAAUUGUGCUGAUUAUUUCCCAGAGAAGCAUGUUGAAUGUCAAGAAUCUAGAUCCAAUAUCCAUCGAAUGAAAAAGCGAAAGAGAUCUCAGAGAGCACAACCAUGUGAGGAGCACAGACUUCAAGAACUACUGGCUGUAUUGAGGAGUUAUAUGAAUAUCAACAAAUAGGUUUCCCUCUUCAUUUUAGAAAUAUUUAUUACCAAUGAUGCAAAUUUGUAAAGUUGUAAAUUUUACAAAUGAUUUUUUCAAUUUGAAUUUUAAAUGUUUUUAAUUUAUUUUGUAAAAACCUUUAACGUACAUAUUUGCUAAACAAAUAGCUUAGUACCAUAAUGUAAGGAUUUAUUAAUUAAAACAAUUUUCAUGAAAUGGUUUGCCAUACUUUGUAUGUGGGUCAAAGGGGGGCAUCUUGGAACAGAUUAGAAAAGAUCCACAUGAAGGGGAAAUAAUGGGAUAUAGGGAAAGGGCAAUAUAUGGGGGCAUGGAGAAAGAUCAGCCAGAAGAAAGAGACUUAAAACUUUGAACAUGUUUUUAAAAGUAUCUGGCUAUGUUGGGGGUUGUUAAUCCAAAUGUCCCUUCAAUGUAAUUUUU